AUUGGCUGCACUAAGAGCUGGCGGCCCAGCCGGCAGCGGUUACUGGUGUUUCCGGUACGAAGCCAGAGCGGGGACGCCGCGGAGAUCGCGGUGAGAUGCGAGAAGCGGCGCGGGUGGGACGAGACAAUACGAGUCUGUGGACCAGAACGCAUCUGCUACAGAGUGAUUUUGGAUCCAGGCUGUGAAGAAUUUUGAAGUCUGGGAAAUAGCAACUGUACACGUUCUUAAGGAUCUGCUCUUAACCUAGCGCUGCAUAUCACAAUGAAGAACCAAGACAAAAAGAAUGGGGCUGCCAAACAGUCCAACCCCAAAAAUACUCCGGGGCAGCCAGAAACGGGACCGGAGGGAGUCCACGGAAGGCCCAGCCAGUCGCCUCCAGCAACAGAAGCUGAAGGUUCCACCAGCCAGGCGCCUGGGAAGACAGAGGGGGCUCAAGCCAAAACAUCACAGUCUGGGGCCCUCCGUGAUGUCUCUGAGGAACUGAGCCGCCAGUUGGAAGAUAUAUUGAGUACAUACUGUGUGGACAACAAUCAGGGUGGCUCAGGUGAAGAUGGAGCACAGGGUGAACCCGCUGAACCCGAAGAUGCAGAGAAGUCCCGGACCUAUGCUGCAAGGAAUGGGGAGCCUGAGCCAGGGACCCCAGUAGUUAAUGGCGAGAAGGAAACCUCCAAGGUGGAGCCAGGCACAGAAGAGAUCAGAGCAAGUGAUGAGGUCGGAGAUCGGGACCACCGAAGGCCACAGGAGAAGAAGAAAGCCAAGGGUCUGGGGAAGGAAAUCACGUUGCUGAUGCAGACACUGAACACGCUGAGUACCCCAGAGGAGAAACUGGCAGCGCUGUGCAAGAAGUAUGCUGAACUGCUGGAGGAGCACCGGACUUCACAGAAACAGAUGAAGCUCCUACAGAAGAAACAGAGCCAGCUGGUACAGGAGAAGGACCACCUGCGUGGAGAGCACAGCAAAGCUAUCCUGGCCCGCAGCAAGCUUGAGAGCCUUUGCCGUGAGUUGCAGCGGCACAACCGUUCCCUCAAGGAAGAAGGCGUACAGCGGGCCCGGGAGGAGGAAGAAAAGCGCAAGGAGGUGACCUCACACUUCCAGGUGACACUGAACGACAUUCAGCUGCAGAUGGAACAGCAUAAUGAGCGCAAUUCUAAACUGCGCCAAGAGAAUAUGGAGUUGGCUGAGCGGCUCAAGAAGCUGAUUGAGCAAUACGAGCUGCGCGAGGAGCAUAUUGACAAAGUGUUCAAGCACAAGGACCUACAGCAGCAGCUGGUGGAUGCCAAGCUCCAGCAGGCCCAGGAGAUGCUGAAGGAGGCAGAGGAACGGCACCAGCGGGAGAAGGACUUUCUCCUGAAGGAGGCAGUGGAAUCCCAGAGGAUGUGUGAGCUGAUGAAGCAACAGGAGACCCACCUGAAACAGCAGCUUGCCCUGUACACGGAGAAGUUUGAAGAGUUCCAGAACACACUUUCCAAAAGCAGCGAGGUAUUCACCACAUUCAAACAAGAGAUGGAAAAGAUGACUAAGAAGAUCAAGAAACUGGAAAAAGAAACCACCAUGUACCGGUCCCGGUGGGAAAGCAGCAAUAAGGCCUUACUUGAGAUGGCUGAGGAGAAAACUCUGCGGGACAAAGAGCUGGAGGGCCUGCAGGUGAAAAUCCAGCGACUGGAGAAGCUAUGCCGGGCACUACAGACAGAGCGCAAUGACCUAAACAAGAGGGUACAGGACCUGAGUGCUGGUGGCCAGGGCCCCCACGCUGACAGUGGUCAUGAGCGGAGACCAGAGGUUGCCACUGCAGCCAAGGAGCAGAGCAGUGAGAGUCCCAGGGCUCAAGCACCCAGUUCCUCAAAGGCCACAGAAGCUCCCGGCUGCCCAGAAACACCGAGCACAGAAACAACAGGGCCUCAAGAGCCCACCUCUGCCACCACCUAGGGAGCCUGAUGCUUGAGGCAUGCUGGGAAGGGAGCAGCACCCCAGCCAGGCCUGGCCCAUACAAGGCUCCCAUACCAAACAGCCAGUGCUGAAGUCAAGGUGUUCUGACCUAAUAGGCCUCUGCCACUUUGCAGUUUUGGAUUUUGUGGGUCAGUUUUACAUACAUAUGGCAUAUGUGCAAGGCCUCGUGCAUUUUCAACUGUAAGUGUACUGGGGGCUUGCACUGAAGAUGGAUGUACAGAUGAAAUCAGUGCUCCUCUAAGCUGAAGUGUCUUAAGAGGAGGUGUCAUCUGUAGCUGCCAUCACAGUGAGCUGGCAGGGCAAGCGACCUGAGCAUUUCUUGCCCAAUUUCAGGCUCAGACCCCUCCCAGCCCUUUAGAGCUCAUGACGAGUAAUAUACCCAGUCCUGGAUUGCAUUCUGUUGUGAGCAGGGCUUGGGCAGCUCAGGCUUUUCUAGCUCUCACAGAGGUGUCAUUGCUUCUCAGCCUGGGAAUGCUGUCACUCUGCAGAGCCUCAGCAUGGACCUGGAGAAUGAUUCACUGUGGGGUGAUGUGCUGGUGGUAAUCCCCUGGGGCACUGCUUCCCUUGCCCUCCUGUAGUGCCAGGACCAGGCCAAUGUUGCUUCUCAGUAGCCUUAUCGUUCACAGGUGCCUCUCUAGUGUGCACAAAUGAUUGGCAAGAGAUCACCCAAAGGAUUCUUUCUGAAGGCAUUUUGUUUUGCAUGUGACAAUUUAUAGGAGGAUUUUCUGAGGAAGGAAGAGGAUGCUGGAAUAGUCCUGGGUGCCUGGCCUCCAGUGUCCUGCUCCUCACCACACCUCUAGACUCCUUAGCCAUGUUGGUGUUGAGAUUUCCUCCUUGAAAGGGAAGAUCAGAUUAUUUAAGAGAAAGAAAGUGACUGCCGUGAGCUUGCCUAUGAGUUUCAAUCCUGGGAAGCCACCAUAGAUUGUUAUCACCACCAUCUCCAUGCAGCAAUUGCUGAGCCCCGGUCCUGCCACCCCCUUUGGCUUUAUGGUUCUUUUUCUUCUUCCUGCACACCCACCUCUUCUCCCACCUCCCAAUGUGCAAUCCUUGAGGUUUGCCCUAGUUCACAUUUCUUUAUCUCCUUGCCCAAGAAAUGAGAGUCCUCCUUGAAAUUCUACUUCUUCCUGUGUGGGAGCUCCCAUCUGUUACCUUGACAGAAUGGAAUCCUGCAAUAGACCGAGCCCAGAAGGUCCACCAAAUAGCACUCUACCUGACUGACCCAGGACUAUGUACUGUUACCACGUACUGUGUAGCAACUCUGAUGAAAGCUCUUGUUGCACACUUGGCAAGGUAUUAGUCAUUCUUUGGACAGAGCAGUUUUCUGGGGUAGUAGGAUGCAUCUUGAAAGGAGGGUUCUGCAGAGCUGGGUACAGUGCAGCUGAACUAAGGAAGCCAUAGACCAACAUGGGACAUGGGCAGUUUUGGUUCAUGAAGAAUACUGUGUACUUCCGAAGCAUGUUUUUACUUAGACCAGACAUGGCAAAAGAAUCCAUCCUGGCCAGGUAUGGUGGCACAUGCCCUAUAAUCUCCUCAUUCAGGAGGCUGAGGCAGGAAGAUUGCUGCAAGUUUAAGGCCAACCUGAACUGCAGAGUGAGACCCUGUCUCAAAAAGACCAAACAUGAAUAAAAGAAUCCUUACUUUGCUCCCUGGCAGGUGCCACUGACUUACCCCAGUUUAUUCUACUAGCCUCUGGUAUACCCUUAAUGCACUUAAGAUGCCCAGCAAUAGUUUGAGUGUUGAGACCUCUUUGCCAUCCCCAGCUAUGAUCUGCUCUCCUAUGGAGAGAUGUUUUGCAAGAUCUUUGUCUUCCCCUCUUUGAAGUCCCAUGGAAUGGUCCCUUCUUCCUUAGUAAGGCCUCCCCCAGCCCUGUACUAGGCUAAAGAACAAAACCUGUCAGCACUACAGAGAAUUUGUUAAGCUGUGGAGGUUUAGGGAAAAGACAGAUUUGCCCCCUUGGAGAACAUGGAAAGGCCCACAGUGGCCCGUGUAAUUGCUUGCCUCACUUCAGCUACCUCUUAAAGCCCUUGGGGGGUUGGAACUAUUGGAUCCCAGGGUGGUAGGAUGGGAGGCUGUGAUGUGCAGGUGGCCCAGCUGGGCUCUCUGUCAGGAAUGUGAGCCCUAGACCAGGGAGAGCCUUGGUUUUUGGCUCCAUCCAUUUCAAGGCACCCCUGCCAAUCUGUAUAGUGGGAUCUCUUGUCUUUUUUUUUUUUUUUCUUUCUUCCUUCCUUUCCAUUGACCAAAUCUCAUCACUACAGCUGCUCUGCUUGCUCUGCUUUCCAAAGUCAACCCAGGUGCUUGGGUGCUGCCCACCCUAGCCAGGUGUAGGGGGAGUGGCCUGUGGAUGAGAGCUCGUCUCUUCCUCACCUUCCCAGGUGAGGCCUGCGUACAUGACCUCAGUUUUAGGACCAAGAGCUGUGUUGGUUUCUUAGAUUGUUAGCUUCUCCUCCGGGGACCAUGGUUAGUGAGGCUCAGAGCGCCAAGCCCUAGCUCUGCUAACGGUGACUCAUGCUCAGGACCUUGUCCAGCUGAGCUUCAUGCAGACCAGACUCCCAGAGGUGUCAGCAGCACUUUUUUACUUGCCAUUUAUUUUUCAUGAGGUUUUUGGACCUUGGGCUGAGCUCAGGCACUUUCUGUAAGAAUGUUAUUUCUGUAAAGAUGGCUAUUUAUCCCUCCUCCAUCCCUAUCAUGGGGACCCUACUGAGGGUUAACCAAGAGGCCAAUGGAGCUGCCCUGGUGGCGCCUGUGGAGAGGCUGAGGCCUGCCAAGCUGUUGCUCCAGCCCCUCCACCCUGCACAGCAUAGAGGUAGUCACCCAGGACAGCAGGCACCUGCCUGGGGGAGAGAGCCGCCUCUGUCCCUGUAACUGCUUUCCUUAUGGCCCCACCUGGCCGCCUAAACUUGUUUUAAAAGUUGUGCUGACAGCUCCCUUUCCCCUUUUGGUAUUCACAACAGCCAGGGACUUGAUGUAUUUUAAACCACAUAAAUAAAGAGUCUGUUGCCUUACA